GAGAGUGAAGGGACGUGACGUCAUGCUGCAAAUUAGCAUAUUGCGGAGUAUAAUAGACUUUGAUUGACCAAGCCCGCCUUCACUUGUGUUCGGCGCCAUCUGGAUUGAAACUCAUUUGUAUCCAAUACACCUACGAUCCUCUGCAAAGAUGUCUGACAAGCCAGAUCUUGCGGAAGUCUCCAACUUUGACAAGACCAAGUUGAAGAAGACCGAAACGCAGGAGAAAAACCCCUUGCCCACCAAAGAAACUAUUGAACAGGAGAAGCAAGCAACAGCAUGAAGCCCAAGCUUCCACUAUGCACUGUACAUUCCACGAGCAUUGCCUUUAUUUUCAUCUCCUUUUAGCUGUAUAACUGUAAUCAACACCUAAGUUGCAUUGUAAUUGGACAAAAGCAGAAGCCUGUACAGCCUCCACCCUAGAACAACCCCUCCCUCCCUUUUACAUAAAGUCUGAAAGGAAACAACUACUGACUGGCAGUCUGACUAGGAGGAUGUGUUGCUCGCCCCGCGGGACUCACUUCAGCGCUCUGUCACCUGUCCCUGCAUCCAGCCACUUGUGGUUGUGAUGGAUCAGCCCAACCAGGGACUCACACUUUUGACAGUCAGUUUAGUUCAGCUUCUGGCCACCUGUGAAUUGCAUUCAAAUCAAGCAGUGUUUUUGUUACUUGUUCAAUUGUUUUGUAUAAGUUCAAUUCUUGGAAUGCACAAGUUUGUUUUGAUAUGCAAAUUAAAAAGAAAUGUAACUGUU